AGGAUACACAAUACAAAGAUAUACUGUGGAUACAGAACAAAUAGAACACACAAAUAAACCCACAUGAUAUCUCCUCUAAAUUAGGAGGCGUUCUACUGUAAUAAUGCUGAGAACCUAUACGUUCUGGUUCAUUUUAAUCUUGGCAAACCAUGCUCUUGCCUUUCCCAGAUAUAAUGGAGCUGCUUGGACUCCAGCUCUAGCUCAAGCUGGAGCUCAAUCCCAGUCUCAAGCUCUAGGAGGCAGAGGAUCAGCUGGAGCUCAAUCCCAAGCUCAAGCUCUAGGAGGUGGAGGAUCAGCUGGAGCUCAAUCCCAGGCUCAAGCUCUAGGAGGCGGAGGAUCAGCUGGAGCUCAAUCCCAGUCUCAAGCUCUAGGAGGCGGAGGAUCAGCUGGAGCUCAAUCCCAGUCUCAAGCUUUAGGAGGCGGAGGAUCAGCUGGAGCUCAAUCCCAGUCUCAAGCUCUAGGAGGCGGAGGAUUAGCUGGAGCUCAAUCCCAAGCUCAAGCUCUAGGAGGCGGAGGAUUAGCUGGAGCUCAAUCCCAAGCUCAAGCUCUAGGAGGCGGAGGAUCAGCUGGAGCUCAAUCACAGUCUCAAGCUUUAGGAGGGGGAGGAUCAUCUGGAGCUCAAUCCCAAGCUCAAGCUCUAGGAGGGGGAGGAUCAGCUGGAGCUCAAUCCCAGGCUCACGCUCUAGGAGGUGGAGGAUCAGCUGGAGCUCAAUCCCAGGCUCAAGCUCUAGGAGGCGGAGGAUUAGCUGGAGCUCAAUCCCAGGCUCAAGCUCUAGGAGGUGGAGGAUUAGCUGGAGCUCAAUCCCAGUCGCAAGCUUUAGGAGGCGGAGGAUCAGCUGGAGCUCAAUCCCAGUCACAAGCUCUAGGAGGCGGAGGAUUAUCUGGAGCUCAAUCCCAGGCUCAAGCUCUAGGUGGUGGAGGAUCAGCUGGAGCUCAAUCCCAGGCUCAAGCUCUAGGAGGCGGAGGAUCAGCGGGAUAUCCGGCAGAUGAUGAUGAUGAUGAUCUUUGUCACGGUCGUGGUUGCUUUCAUGAUCAUGGCCAUGGACAAGGUUAUCAUGGACAUGGUCUUCAUGGAUAUGGUCAUCAUGGAUAUGGUCAACAUGGAUAUGGUCAUCAUGGACAUGGUCAUCAUGGAUAUGGUCAUCAUGGACAUCACCAUGAACUUGAUGGUUAUGAAGAAGAUCAACCUGAUUUUGAACUUGAAGACCCAAUCUCUGAUCUUAUAGAUAUCGAUGAAUGGUGAAAAAAAUCAAUGAAUAAGAAACAUUUGAUUUUUUUUAUAAAUGAAUGCGCUGUUGUCUUUGCUCGAUUUAAUUGUACUUAAAUAUCUCUAAAUUCUCAAAUUGAU